CGGCUGUGGGUAACUGUGAUUGUGUGGUUGUCAUUGUGUGUCUGUGUGUGGUUGUGUAACUGUCAUCGUGUGGCUGUAUGACUGGGAUUGUGUGGCUUCGGGAGGUCCGCGGGUGUGUGUGUGUCACUGUCAUUGUGCGGCUGUCGUUGUGGGUGUCACUCUGAUGGUUUGUGUGUGUCUGGCUGUGCUGUGACUGCCAUUGGCCCCCCGUGUGGCUCCUGUCUGUGUGUGUGACUGUCUUGGUGUUCGUGUGGUUGUGUGCAUAGGACUGUCAUUGUGUGGCUGCUGUUGUGUGUUCAUUCUGAUGGUGUGUAUGUGUGUGUGGCUGUGGUCGUGCGCUGUGCACCUUUCUUGUGUGGCAUUGUGAGUCUGUGUCAUGGUCCAUGGAUGUGGCCAUGUGGUUGUGGAUGGCACCGUGUCUCUCCCCUGUGACUGUUGGUGUGAAUAAGAGACUGUUAGUGUGUGUGUGGCUGUCGCUGAGUGCCUUGUAAUUGGGGGUGUGACGCUGUGAUGGGUUCUGUGACCUCCAUUGUGUGCGGUGACUCUUUCUUUUCUGUGACUCUUAAGUGUGUUGCAGGCCUGUGUGUCCCUGACUGUAGCGGCGUGGGGGCUUGUGUGGGACUGUGAUGUGUGUAGGGUCUCCUGAUAUGUCUCUCUCUGUUUGGCCUGGGGUGGGGGUGGGGACUUGUUUGAUCUGUUUGGGUGUCUCUUUCAGGCUAUGAGCCCACUGUGUGUGAGUAUGCAGUGACAUGUGUUGUGUGUGUUGGACACCUGUCUCAACAAGGGGGCCCCUCUUGUUCACUGCAAAGUGGCGCCCAGGACAGCGCCUGGAAGUCGGCAGAAUGAGUGUCGUGGUUGGGGUGCUGGACCCAGAGUGCCUACCCUCGCCUGCCUGGGCCUCAGUUUCCACAUCUGCACAAUGGGGGUGACCAUCCCUGCCCUGCUGGCUGCCAGGAACGGCUGUGAGUCUUCGGGCGUGGAUGCAGCCUGGGGGAAGCCAUAGGGUGCUUUCACAGGCCUGGCCUUCACCAUGGCGGGAGGGAGACCGCAUCUGAAGAGGAGUUUCUCCAUCAUCCCCUGCUUUGUCUUCGUGGAGUCGGUGCUGCUGGGCAUCGUGAUCCUGCUUGCUUACCGCCUGGAGUUCACGGACACCUUCCCUGUGCACACCCAGGGAUUCUUCUGCUAUGACAGUACCUACGCCAAGCCCUACCCAGGGCCUGAGGCUGCCAGCCGAGUGCCUCCUGCUCUCGUCUACGCACUGGUCACUGCCGGGCCCACCCUCACGAUCCUGCUGGGAGAGCUGGCGCGUGCCUUUUUCCCUGCACCACCUUCAGCCGUCCCAGUCAUCGGGGAGAGCACCAUCGUGUCUGGGGCCUGCUGCCGCUUCAGCCCCCCAGUGCGGAGGCUGGUCCGCUUCCUGGGGGUCUACUCCUUCGGCCUCUUCACCACGACAAUCUUCGCCAACGCGGGGCAGGUGGUGACCGGCAAUCCCACGCCACACUUCCUGUCCGUGUGCCGUCCCAACUACACGGCCCUGGGCUGCCUGCCACCUUCUCCGGAUCGGCCAGGUCCCGACCGCUUUGUCACUGACCAGGGUGCCUGCGCUGGCAGCCCCAGCCUCGUGGCCGCCGCGCGCCGCGCCUUUCCCUGCAAGGAUGCGGCCCUCUGCGCCUACGCGGUCACCUACACGGCGAUGUACGUGACUCUCGUGUUCCGCGUGAAGGGCUCCCGCCUGGUCAAACCCUCGCUCUGCCUGGCCCUGCUGUGCCCGGCCUUCCUGGUGGGCGUGGUCCGCGUGGCCGAGUACCGAAACCACUGGUCGGACGUGCUGGCUGGCUUCCUGACAGGAGCGGCCAUCGCCACCUUUUUGGUCACCUGCGUUGUGCAUAACUUUCAGAGCCGGCCACCCUCUGGCCGAAGGCUCUCUCCCUGGGAGGACCUGGGCCAAGCCCCCACCGUGGACAGCCCCCUCGAAAAGUUAAGUGUGGCCCAGGAACCCGAGGUCUGCAGGCCGCAUUCGACACCGGCACGGCUCACCCCAUCCAAGUCGCAGAACUGCGCCCGCCGUGGCCACCUGAUCCCCAGCUGUGUCUCCUCCAGGGCCCCAGCCAUGUGUUCGUCGCCCCGUGUGCCCCGUCCUCGAUUGAGGUCUGAGCCGACGCCCUUGCCCCUGCCCCUACCCCUGCCAGCGCCCACCCCCAGCCAGGGCCCCUCACCUUCCUCCCCUGGACCUGGGGGGCCAGGCGGGGGUGGUGGACGUGGCCGGAAGCUGCUGCUGCCCACGCCCCUGCUGCGGGACCUGUACACCCUGAGUGGACUCUAUCCCUCCCCCUUCCACCGGGACAACUUCAGCCCUUACCUGUUUGCCAGCCGUGACCACCUGCUGUGAGGCCCGACCACCCAUUCAGAAUCUGCCUGGUCCCCACUUCUUCCCUGCCACGCGUGUGUGUGCGUGUGCCACGUGAGUGCCAAAGUCCCCUGCCCCCCAAGCCAGCCAGACCCAGACAUUAGAAGAUGGCUGGAAGGACAUUUAGGAGACACCUGCCUCUCUAGCCCUCUGAGAUAUCCCAAUUGGCACAAAUGGAAGGUGGGCACUUGCCCCUACUAUUGCCCUUUUAAGGGCCAAAGCUUGACCCCAUUGGCCAUUGCCUGGCUAAUGAGAAUCCCUGGUUCUCAGAAUUUUAACCAAAAGGAGUUGGCUCCAGCCAAUGGGAGCCUUCCCCUCACUUCUUAGAAUCCUCCUGCAAGAGGGCAACUCCAGCCAGUGUUCAGCGACUGAACAGCCAAUAGGAGCCCUUGGUUUCCAGAAUUUCUAGAGUGGGUGGGCAUGAUUCCAGUCAAUGGGGGACCGCCCGUGUCUAAGCAUGUGCAAAGGAGAGGAGGGAGAUGAGGUCAUUGUUUGUCAUUGAGUCUUCUCUCAGAAUCAGCGAGCCCAGCUGUAGGAUGGGGGGCAGGCUCCCCCAUGGCAGGGUCCUUGGGGUACCCCUUCUCCUCUUAGCCCCUCCCUGUGUGCGGCCUCUCCACCUCUCACCCACUCCCUCCUAAUCCCCUACUUAAGUAGGGCUUGCCCCACUUCAGAGGUUUUGGGGUUCAGGGUGCUGUGUCUCCCCUUGCCUGUGCCCAGGUCAUCCCAAACCCUUCUGUUAUUUAUUAGGGCUGUGAGAAGGGUUUUUUCUUCUUUUUCUUGGAACUGCCCCUGUUCCUUACACUGCCCCCCAUGCCUCAGCCUCAUACAGAUGUGCCAUCAUGGGGGGCAUGGGUGGAGCAGAGGGGCUCCCUCACCCCGGGCAGGCAAAGGCAGUGGGUAGAGGAGGCACUGCCCCCCUUUCCUGCCCCCUCCUCAUCUUUAAUAAAGACCUGGCUUCUCAUCUUUAAUAAAGACCUGUUUGUAACAGAA